AUGACAGAAACAAAGGAGGGAGAGGGCGAUCCUUUAGAUAAAUUACCUUCAAGGCAAAUAUAUAAAAACUUAAAAGAGGGCAGGGGGAAGCAUAUGGGUACAGGUUGCGAUAGUGAAAGCAGCGUUCAGGACGUAUUGGAAAAAUUAGAGGCCUAUGUCGUGGAUUGUGAUACUCUUGGCAAUAUUAAGCAAGCACUAUGUUAUGUUAGACAAAUGAACAAUGAUAAUGGCAAGAAGAAAGAGAAGGGAAAUUAUUGUUAUGCCCUCUACUAUUGGGUAGCGGAAGAAAUAUGGAAAGUACAUAAGAGCGACACAACUGGCGGAAGCACGAAGUUUUCCAAAGCUAUAGGUGGAUAUCAAACUAAAAUAGAGGAGAAGGAAAAUAAAUAUGGAUGUAAGCCCCCAGUACCCAGUACUGACCCUGAAGUUCGUGAGGCAAUGAAAAAAUUAUUCGAUUUUACAGUGGACAAGGAUUUUAUAUGUAAAGCGAGAAUGGGUUCUGGAGCAUCUGUUCCUGGAACGUAUGAUGCACACGUAGAGGAAGUGAAGAAGGCUUAUAGUACUGUGCGUGAUAUAUGUACACAGAAGGCAGAAGAAAAUAACUGGUGUGAGGACUUUAGAGAGUGGUACACGGAUUAUAAUAGUAAGGUAACAUUAGAAUUAAAUUGUGAAGUGGAUAGUGCGGCUGCUGUGCAGCUUGAUGCUGAAAAGGAUAUGAGGGAGCAUGGAAAGGUUGAAUACCACGGGCCCGGCCCAUCAGAAUCGGAACUCGCUUCCGCAUCCAGUUCAACGAGUUCCUCACAUCAACCUUUCUCUUUUAAUAAAUUCUUUUCUGAUGAUAAAAAUAUCGUUACUUUAUCUUCUGUUAUGGCAGCAGGAGCUAUAUUUCCAUUAAUUGGUUCUCUUCUAUAUAAAUAUACUGAUAUAUUUGAUAGAAUAAAAAACUCCCUCUUUGGUGGCAGUAAUAGGAAUAGAAGACGGGGAAGAUCUACCAUUGGACGUCAACACUUUGACGACACUUUCACAGACAAUGAUUCUUCUACACUAGGAGAUGACGGUUCCACCACCCUAGGUGGUGGUGGUGGCGAUGUCUCGUCCACCCUAGAUGGUAGCUCCACCGAUGUUUCGACCAUCUAUAAUGAUGGACGAAGUCGACCAUCAACCGGAAGAGGACGAACACGGACAGGAACAAAUAAUAGAAGACCAGGGAAUAUACGUUACUAUGCCACAUAA